GCUGCUGUCUCUCUACAUGGGACGCUCGUGUACGCAGCACUUUAACUUUCUGCUGUAGCUUUACUCACUGCUAAAGCCUGAAUCUCAUUUCCCUGCGAGUGCUACCGGACCGGAGAACUACAACUGAACAUGGUUUCGUUUUAGGGGCGCGGGAAGAAAGAGUAUACUUGUGACGUUCACGGCUCAGAUGGACAUCAGGCUGUCAACUUUCUGUAUAUGACUGAUGGGUAACUACACGCGGCAUGCUCACCUAGUAGGCCGGUAUUCAGGUGAAGGAGUUUGUGAAAUUUAGCCCCCCGUAAAUUACUUUUUAAGGUAGAUCAUUUGGUUACCCUCUUGUCUGGAGAAACAGGCUGUCCCAUGUGCGCGCCUCGCGCCCCACGCUGCACUCUGCCCCGAGGACAGUGCCCUAGGCUCGGGAGUUAGAUGGUACUGAUCACGGACGACAGGGAUGGAGGAGGCUCUUCGUCGGUACGGCUCAAGCACCUUCAGCGGCAGCAGAAGGUCGGGGGAAACAUCACCCAGGUUCACCCGACCAUAGUGGAGGAGCCGCUGUCACACUGUGAUGACGAGGACUACCUGGGCUCGUGCGAGGAGGACGAUGAAGAGGACGAUGGAGCGGAGGAAAACGAUGAAGAUGAGUUCGAAGAAGUUGACUUUGAGAACUUGGAAGACUGUCGGAGUAUCGCGUCGGACGACUCCUUCUACCCGCCGGAUGAUGUGUUCGCGGACUCGGAAAGCACCCCCUCCCCGGAAAGCCCGGAGCCGCUGUCUUUCUUCCAGGCGUGCUGCACCAACAACGCUGCUAUCGUCCGGAUCAUGAUAAGGCACGGGGUGAAGGAGGAGGUCAAUGAGAAGGACAGGAAUAACAGGACAGGGCUGCUGGUUGCGUGUUACCAAGGUUACGUGGACGUCGUCAUAGCGCUGUCUCAGUGUCCGCACCUUGACGUCAACUGGCAGGACAACGAGGGAAACACGGCUCUCAUCACUGCCGCUCAAGCAGGCCACAUAACCAUCACCAACUAUCUGCUGAACUACUUCUCUGGCUUGGACAUCGAGAAGAGGAACUGCCACGGCUUCACGGCCCUGAUGAAAGCUGCCAUGCAGGGCAGGCUGGAGUGUGUGCGCUCGCUCAUGAUGGCAGGAUCUGCCCUGAAUGCUAGAGACUUCGGUCGCCACUUCAAUGCCAGGGAGUGGGCCUUCUUUACGGGUCGCUAUGAAACCGCCUGGGUGAUAACGCGCCUGAUGGAGCGGCCCUGCCCGCGCCAGUACUGUGAGAACUACAGUCUGGAGUGGUCCCCUCUGGCCUCGCUGGUGUCCAGGUCCCAGGAGCCACGCGGCUGUCUGAAGCGCCUGUCGGACACGGUGCGGAGCGUCUUCCACUUUGCCAACGUCACCGAGCCUGAGGAGGAAGGAGUCAUCGACCACAUGGUUUCUAUCACCACUGCCAUGAGGAGCCCUUUUAUUGCUGUGGCAUGCCACACCGUGUGUCCUGACAGCCCCCCCGCUGUGGGCAAACGGCGCUACUCAGUUCCGGAGAUCAUCCGCCGGCAGCGCGCCAAGGAUCUCCGCUCCAUCAACCCCGACCGGGUGGAGAGCCACCUCAAACUCUUCCAGAACUCCAGGGUCACUCUGGUGGCCAAACACUCUGUGGACCGCCGGGCCAGCCUCCAGGCCCAGAGCCUGAUGCCUCGGCACCGGAGCCCCAGCCUGACGCUGGGGGAGAACAACGAGGCUCUGGAGCUGCGGAGGACCAGCCUGCUGCCGCUGCACAUGGUGCUGAGGAGGAGCAGCGUCAGGCCGGGGUUCAGAGUCCCCAAAGUGAGGGUCACCAAGGCCCCCACGCCUACUUAUGAACCAGAAAAGAUCCGGAGGAAGAGCAGCGCCAAAGAUGGAGGGGGGCACCUGCUGCAAAUACCAAAGUGGCGGUACAAGGAGCUGAAAGAGGAAAGGAAGAGAGCCGAGGAGGCGGAGAGGAGGCGGCUGGAGGCGGUGACCAAGAGACACCUGGAUGCUGGGAAAAGGAAAUAAUAUAUUUACUCUGGAAGAAGACAUUUACACUACGCCCAAAUCAGACAAAGUCUAGCCUGACUUGCAAGUGUUUUGGCUUUAAUGUUUGUUUUCUAGAAUAUAUGAAUUGCCAGCAGUGUUCCUAACAUGAGACAGAAGACUGACUGUCAGUUUGGCCUCACAGCUAGCAGCUUUAGACAUGCACAAUGCUCAGUGUCCUUUAUGAUGUCAAACAGUGAUACCCAGGGGAUUUGAUACUUGAAAUGCUUUUGGUUAACUUAUUUUUCAUAUUUAUUGCUUUGGUCUAUGUUUUGAUACACUCUGAGCGCUUGAUGCAGUGUUUUUGUACUGUGUUACACUGUAGUAGAAACUUCUUUCAGAAUGUGUUCAUCUUUAUAUCGAAACAUUGGAAGAGAUUUAUUAUGUUCUGGGAUAAUGUCUUAAAUAUUAAGAGUACUAAUGGGUGCGUCAUAUUGACUGAAAAGAUAAACACAAGCUUAUUUAAAUUUGAAUGGCAAUUGGCAGCAAUAUUUGUAGAUGCUUUUUGUUAUGCUUUAUAAUGAAAACCCAUGAAUGUAUUACGUAAAUAUAUUUUAUAUUAGAGAUUUUAACGCUUUUCAAUGAAAAACUUUUUUUAUUUUGUAAUCAAAAUAGAUUUUUUCACAUACAGAUAUAUGAAAAUGUUUUUUAGUCUUAAGAUUCACGACUGAAAUGUGGAGCACUAUUGUGAUGUCACACUCACAUCUUACCAAGUGGGAAGGAGUGAACGUUUUUCUACGUGUUUACAUUAUAUACCACAUUCAUCAGGGUGAAUGUGACUCUAAGAUGGACACUGGUUUACACAGGGUACGGAGGAUGGUAACGGAAUAAACUGCUAACUGUGGAUGUGAUUGAGACAAAUAUUGAUGCCUCAGCCAUGUUGUGUUGAGUAGAUAAUAAGAAAACAAGGAGAUGUUUUACUUGAUUGAAUUUGCAACCUCAGCAUUAGGGGGAUUUGUUUAACAUUGAGAGAAGGGUGAUCUUUGGCCAAUGUGACAGUCCAAGUAGAAAUGAAGUGAUAAUCCCUAAUAAAUGGACCCUUCUGAUAAAAAAAAUAUAAUUACGGAGCAUGAGGUCAGCUCUGUUUUAAGAAUUAAAAAGUCAAAAAUAAUGGGGCGAAAAAUAGCUGUGAGUUUCAAACAGCCAGAGCCACGGGGAGAGUAAUGAUAUUACAUUGUCGGAAUUUUUUAGAACACAAUUUCACGGUCCUAACUUCUCAUGGCGAUUGCAGCUUAAGUGCCAUCCAAGAGUGUGUGUCUAAUAUACAUGGUGAUGAGUUGCUAAGGGGUUACAAGGGCAGUGUGCAGCCAAAUCACUUCUUCAAAUAAACUUCAUUGAGUUCUGAAUGGCAAUCUGCUUAGAUACUCCCCAGAGGAAGUCAUUUGAACACGACAAAAGAGGAGCAAACUGCAGCGAGUUGUUCACUCAAACUCUGAGUGUAGCAGGAUUAACAUAUUUAACAUCAACAUAAGGAAAUGUUUUAUAGGGAAAAGGCUUUUUGCUGGCAAUGCAGUAUCACAGCCGACAAUGUCUACAGUGUGCAGUUUGUUCAGAGGGAGGCUAAGUUUCCUGACCAUGAAUAA